AGUUGGCUUAGGUGGUGGUAGACCCUUCAAGCUCAAAUAUGUUCCUUCAAAAAAUAUCUCCCUCUCUCUCAAUUAUUCAAAAAGUCAACAAAGUCUCCAUUAACACACACUUGAAGCUUCAUACUUGUUUUUCUAGAAAUGGAUGAGAACGGGGAUGAUCUAGGGAUGAAGCUAUUGUUCCUUGAAAAUAGAGAAAGUCUAGCAAGAUUUUUGUUCCCAAAUGAAGCACAAGUUAUAAUGGGCAUUGCAGAAGUCGAUGACACUUUGAAGCUUCUCCCAUUGUAUGCCAUGAGCUUGAACGAAACUCCAUCAUCUGUUUCUAAGGAGGAAGAAGUUGCUCUAAUUCGUAGGAUAACUACAAUCUCAAAAUCUGUUGAGCUUGGAAAGCGUUAUUUUCCUCGGUGCAAUGAAGUACUCGACAAAAUAAUGAACUCGGAUGAAUUAUUAGAACUUGCUGGUUAUAACUCUAACCUCCCUGAAGAGAGAGUAGUGAAGAGGAAGAAGUUCAUGGAGCUAAAAGAGAUGUUCGAAAUGGCAUUUAACCAAGACAAAUAAGACACCAUUUCAACUUGGUCGUCGAGUUCCAUCUAAGAUUCGUGCACCACAAUAAUGGAUAAAGAAACCUUUCAUAUUAUGUUGUCAACAGUCAUCUAUGUAUGUUGUGUUGUUUUUAUGUAAGGAGUGACCUAUACGUACGUUAAAUAUAGACAAGUACCCUCCUUUAUACAAAAACUAGCCAAUACCGGCAUGAAUCA